AGACAUUAUCGCUAGGUGCACUCUGUUACUUUUCCAAGUACCUCUCCUUGCACCGACUCGAGGCCACCAUGGCAGCCAUCACCGACAUGUUUGGCGUGCACAUUGAUGCCGAGAAUUCCUUUGUACAGGCUGCCGUCUACGGAUUCCUGUUCGUCGGCAUUGCAUCCUUUGCAGCACCAGUCUUCAGCGCCGUCCGACUGCUUCUCAGCUUGUUCGUGCUGCCGGGCAAGUCGCUCAGCACCUUUGGACCUCGCGGCACCUGGGCGCUCAUAACGGGAGCGUCGGACGGCAUUGGCAAGGAAUUUGCCCUGUCGCUCGCUGCCAAAGGCUACAACGUCAUCCUCGUCUCGCGCACACAGUCGAAGCUCGAUUCGCUCUCGGCCGACAUCACGUCGAAAUACGGCCCCAAGAUCGCCGUCAAGACGCUGGCCAUGGACUUUGCUCAGAACAAAGAUGCAGACUACAACAACAUGAGGAAGCUAAUUGACGGCCUCGACAUCAGCAUCCUGGUCAAUAACGUCGGCCUGAGCCAUAGCAUUCCCGUGCCGUUUAUCGAGACUUCCAAGCAGGAAAUGACCGACAUCAUCAUGAUCAACUGCAUGGCUACACUGCGCGUGACGCAGCUCGUUACCCCCGGCAUGGUAUCGCGGAACCGCGGCCUCGUGCUGACCAUGGCCUCGUUCGGCGGCUUCUUCCCCACGCCCCUUCUGGCCACGUACUCGGGCAGCAAGGCCUUCCUCCAGCAAUGGUCUACAGCGCUCGCCUCGGAGCUCGAGCCCCACGGCGUGCACGUGCAAUGCGUGCAGUCGCAUCUCGUCACCACAGCCAUGUCCAAGAUCCGCAAGACGUCGGCCCUCGUCCCCAACCCAAAGCAAUUCGUAAACGCCACGCUGAGCAAGAUUGGCAGAAGCGGCGGCGCACAGGGCGUCGCCUUUACAAGCACACCAUACUGGAGCCACGGCAUCAUGCACUGGUUCCUCUCGCGCUUUCUGGGCGAGCGCUCGCAUCCCGUGGUCAAGGUCAAUCGGGGCAUGCAUGAGAAUAUCCGGAGGCGUGCGCUCAGAAAGGCUGAGCGCGAGGCAAAGAAGCAGUAAGGCAAGCGCAUACAUAUUCAAAUGUAUGGUCCUCUUUGCGCUUUAAAGUAAGGUCUACAGACUCUUCCCUGCUUCUGACUAUAUGCCCAUUUCUUCCCAGCUCGAGUAUUGUACUCACACCAACGUGUUUGUUCACUUGAAUACAUGUUUCUUGUUUUAGAACCAUUCUACAUGACCUUUUAACUAGACUGAAUACCAGCAAAUAAUGU